UAAUUUAUAAUGGGGCAUAAGGAACAUGGACCCGAAACAAGUUAUGAGGAAAGAGCCCAACGACGACUUCAAGUCGUCUACACAAAACAGACCCGAGAACGCCAAGUGUUCAUGCAAGAGUUGAAGGAACUGCGAAGAAGAAGAGAUAAGAAGAUUCUCAGGGACCUAAGGGAUUUGAUUGGUCCUAGAUGGUAUCAAACUCUGAGUGUACCGCAACGCGACGCUCUAGAUACCCUCGAGUUUUCUAUUUACCAAGAUCUGUUGGAGGGAAGACCUACCCGUACCGCUUCUGUUAUGCGAAACUUAGGAUUGUACCCACGGCCCAAUGAAACUGAUCUCAUGAGUUGCUUGUAUCUUGGCCGCAACGACCCUAAAGUAAUGCUUGCUCAAUUGUUUUGCUGUACUUACGGCCAUCCAAUUGAAGGAAAACAAAUGUCCUACACGCUUAAUGCUAAACUAAUGUUAUCUGCAAUUUUAUAUUUAGGCCUUGAAAACUUAUUAACAUUACUCAAAGAAAAGUUCAAAGCAGAUCCUGAGAAGAAAAAGCCAACUAAGAAGCCAAAACCAAAGGCUAAUCCCCCGUUGAAAUCGCCGUAUUUGCAGGAUAUGAUUGCAGUUUUAUACACGCCACCGAAAAGAAAACCUUUUAAGCCGGCACCUCUUCCAAAUUUAGAUGAUUUAAAUGAACCGUACGAGGAAGAACCACCCAUACCGAAACCCCCGCCGCCCCCACCUCCGCCACCACCGCCGAAGAAAAGAAUACCGAAAGCAUGUUGCGAUAAAUUAGCUGGAAUUAUGAAUAUCGAACCUCAUUCAUCGUCAGUUACCGCAGUCACUCUAAAAACGGUAACACAUACACAUCGCCAUAAAACUCGUGGAUCUAAAUUCAGUGUUACUGAAGUUAAAAAGACGUAUGGAAUAAGUGUAGCACGACCGAAACAAUCAAGUCGCAGGAAGAAAAUACAUGCACCCACUACGGGCAUUCAUAAUGCACAAUACAUGAUUACUGGGGUAUACAAGGUACAUGGAAAAUCUGUUUUCGUAUUGGGUAACGUUACUAUAUUGCCGCCGAUGGGUGAAUUAAUACAUGGCGGGUAUAAAUAUAUGGGUGGUGAAUGCAUUAUUAUCCACUCCGGCAUUCGAGGGCUGCCCCCACCUCCUAAUCCGCAACCUUGUGACUGUUUAAAGAAAUGGCAAGAUUCUGUUUUCAAAUAUGUUAAAGGAACCAAGUGCAUAUGUGGUCAUCACUACGAUUAUGGAAAUGAAGGAACGUUUCCACCAGAAGAAUUGCCAUUCUUCCAAAAAGCAACGGCACAUUCGCCGUUCAAAUUUAACUAUGAAACUAUUUAUGAUUUAGAUGAAAAGCAUCUUUAUGUUGAGAAGGAAUUUAAAAGGAUUUGGGAAACAGAUAGCGCUUUGCAUGUUGGCGAUCCAAAUGCACCAGGAAAGAAGGACAAAAAGAAGAAGAAAACAAAACGAUCAUCAACGACAUGUUUGGGACAAAAUCCGAAGCCCGAAGAUUAUUUAAAAUGUGCGUUACGGUUAAUGAGGAGAAUCAAUAUUGCAGCAAAACUGCCGGAUGUGCACCUGGUCCCAGAGCUUAAAGAAUGGAUGCGUAAUAGAAUAUAUGGCCCAUUUUCUGCAUACGCAAAAAAGGAAAUGUUACGUCAAAGUACAAUUUACUGGCAAACCUUUCUCACUCUUGCAGCUAAGGAUUAUGGUCACGUUGCCCCACCAAAGGACCCUACGUACGCCGGUCAUACGACCUGGGUCCAUAAACAAGACUUAAACGAUAAAUUUCGGAAGUUUACUCAAAAAUAUAAAUUGCAAUUAUUCAGAUCACUAGCUGAAGUUAACAACAUGCUAUGGCCAACUAUGUUCCAAGCUCAAUUUCCAGAUAAAAAGUUCAGAGAGAUAUACUUUUCGUAUCUGUUUGGCAAGAUUGAAGAUUUGCAAUUAAUGCAUCCGUAUAGUGCAAAGGAAUCGCUCGAACGUAAAUUUAAAUUGGCGAAAAAGAGAUAUGUUUGUUUACCCGCUGGUAUAGAAGUGGAUGAAUAA